UCAUGUGCUACCGGGUAUUAUUUUUUUUAUUGAAAAAUGUAUGUAAAAUUAGGUAAUAAGUAGUCAUCGUGAUUUUAUAAUAAAUUACAAUAUUAAUUAACUUUGUACUCCUGACUAAAUUUAAAAUGUAUUUCGGUUUAAGUAUUAUUGGUAGACAAGCUAUUUUUAAAAAAUCUAAUGUGUGGUUACGAUGCAUGUGCAGCGUUUCAAACAAAAGUGAUAUUAAACAGUUAGAAUAUAUUCGUAACAUUGGAAUUUCAGCUCAUAUCGACUCUGGAAAGACAACGUUAACCGAACGAAUUUUGUAUUACACAGGUAAAAUAUCUAAAAUGCACGAGGUCAAGGGAAAAGAUAAUGUUGGAGCUACAAUGGAUUCUAUGGAGUUAGAAAGACAAAGGGGAAUCACCAUACAGUCAGCUGCUACUUAUACAAUUUGGAAAGACCAUAAUAUCAAUAUUAUAGACACCCCUGGGCACGUAGAUUUUACCGUUGAAGUAGAACGUGCACUCCGAGUACUAGACGGAGCAGUAUUGGUUUUAUGUGCAGUGGGAGGUGUUCAGAGUCAGACAUUAACAGUAAACAGACAGAUGAAACGUUAUAAUGUUCCGUGUUUAGCUUUUAUUAACAAAUUGGACCGACUAGGUGCCAAUCCUUAUAAAGUAUUAGCCAAUUUGAGACAAAAAUUGGGUCACAAUGCUGCAUUUUUGCAACUACCGAUUGGAAAGGAAAGUAAUGUUAAGGGUAUUGUUGAUUUAGUCCAUAAGAAAUCGAUAUAUUUCAAUGGGGAUUUCGGUGACAUUAUUGAAUAUGGCGAGAUUCCAGAAGAUAUGACAAAAGAAGUAGAAGAAAAACGUCAAGAAUUAAUUGAACACGUAUCAAAUGUCGAUGAGAAAUUGGGAGAAAUGUUUCUCGAAGAAAAAACUCCUUCUGAAAAAGAACUAAUCGAUGCUAUUAGAAGAACUUGUAUAAGUAGAACAUUUACUCCCGUUCUCGUUGGUACCGCAUUAAAAAAUAAAGGGGUUCAACCAUUGCUGGACGCUGUGCUAUCAUAUUUGCCAAAUCCCGGCGAGGUAGAAAAUUAUGCUUUAAAAGAGAUUGAGGACAAUAAAAUCGAAAAAGUUUUGCUGAAUCCUUCUAGAGAUGGUAAACACCCUUUUAUUGCAUUAGCGUUUAAAUUGGAAGCUGGUAGAUUUGGCCAAUUAACAUACUUGCGAUGCUAUCAGGGAAAAUUAUCAAAAGGAGACACUAUUUUUAAUUUUAGGACAUCCAAAAAAGUACGCUUGUCUAGAUUAGUUCGCUUACAUGCAGAUCAAAUGGAAGAAGUUGAUGAAGUUUACGCGGGUGAUAUAUUUGCGCUUUUCGGUGUAGACUGUGCCAGCGGCGAUACCUUUAUUGUUGACAAAAAGUUAAAUCUUUCACUUGAAUCAAUUUACGUUCCAGAUCCAGUAGUUUCUAUGGCUAUUAAUCCGGUAAACAAUAAGGAUAGAGAUAACUUUAGCAAAGCAGUCGCCCGUUUCACUAAAGAAGAUCCCACGUUUAAAUUUCAGUAUGACACCGACAACAAAGAAACUAUUGUGUCUGGCAUGGGUGAAUUACAUUUGGAAAUUUAUGCCCAAAGAAUGCAAAAAGAAUAUAACUGCUCGGUCAGUUUAGGAAAACCUAAGGUCGCAUUCAGAGAAACUCUAGUGUCUCCGUUUGAAUUUGAUUAUUUUCAUAAAAAGCAACACGGCGGACAAGGUCAGUACGCAAGAGUUAUAGGCGUUUUGGAGCCAUUACCUUCGAAUGAAAAUACAAAUUUAGAUUUCCUCGAUGAAACGUCUGGACCUAAUGUUCCCAAACAAUUUAUUCCCGGCAUAAUUAAAGGUUUUAAAAUGAUGGCUGAAAAAGGAUUAUAUUCAGGACAUAGAAUAUCAGGUGUACGUAUGAGGUUGUUGGAUGGAGCUCAUCAUAUUGUCGACUCUAGUGAACUGGCGUUUAUAUUAGCUACUCAAGGAGCUAUCAAACAAGCAUACGAAGAAGCCGCUUGGCAAAUAUUGGAACCUAUCAUGGAAGUCGAAGUUGUGGUCCCUACGGAAUUCCAAGGAGCUGUAUUGGGUCAGUUCAACAAACGGAGUGGCAUCAUAAGCGGUAGUGAAGGAACGGCCGAUUGGGUUACUAUAUAUGCCGAGGUACCAUUGAACUGUAUGUUUGGCUUUGCGGGAGAACUGCGAUCUUUAACCCAAGGUAAAGGAGAAUUCAGUAUGGAUUAUGUUAGAUAUUCGCCAACGACACCAGAAACACAAGAGAAAGUAUUGAUGAGUUAUCUAGAGAGCACUGGUCAGCUUCAAGCAUUCCUUGAUGCAAAAAAGAAUAGUAACAAAUAAUCAUGAUUUAUUUAGGCAAAGGGUGGAAAAAAACUUUGGUUCUCUUAACCAACACCAGUGUUAAGUUAUCAAAAUUGUUUUCUGUUGUUAAAUUAAACAAUAUUUGUAUAAAAUUGUAAUAUAAUAGUAAUUUAAUAAACACUUCUAUUAAGCUUUUGUUUUUCUUA